GCUCCGGAUCAGAAAGUGGAAUUCGUGGUACUUGCUGAAUCCGAAUUCCUCCUGACACCCCGCAACAGACAAGUCGCUUGUUAAUCGCUGCAGCGAAGCGCUUUUGCUGGCGGCGGUCCGAUUCAGCUGGAGGAACACGGAGGGAAGCAAGCAAGUGGGACCAUGGAUCUGAGUUCAGGGAUUCAAAAAGUCUCAAUUACCCAUCAACCAUCAGGAAGAGGUGCGCCUUGUUUGAAAUGCAGAGAAAAGUGUGCUGGGUUUGAACCACAUUCUUGGAGGAAAAUAUGCAAGUCAUGCAAAUGCAGCCAGGAAGAUCACAGCCUGAGCUCUGAUGCAGAAGAUGAUCGGAAAAUUGGCCGCUUGCUGGCUGAUUCAAAAUAUUCUUCACUCACUGCUCGGGUAAAAGGAGGCGAUGGAAUCCGCAUCUAUAAAAGGAACCGCAUGAUUAUCACUAAUCCUAUAGUAUCUCGGAAAGAUCCAACUUUUGACACUGUUACGUAUGAAUGGGCUCCACCUGGAUUGACUCAGAAACUGGCGACCCAGUAUAUGAGUUUGAUUUCAAAGGAAAUGCAGCCUGUAGCUGGCACAGAAGGUGCUUAUUACCGUCGUAGAAGGUUGAUGAGACAACUUCCUCUAUAUGAUCAGGACCCUUCCCAAUGCCGGGGGCUUUCGGAGAAUGAAAUCAAGCUGAUGGAAGAGUUUAUAAAACAAUACAAAGACAAUGUUCUCGGAGUUGGAGAAGUUGCGCUGCUGGGUCAAGGGGGAGUCACCAAAGAGGAAGGAAAGUCAUCUGAUAAAAACACUCCAGCAAGUAAGGAAGCAGCUUCAACCAAUGGCACAUUGGGCCAUGUAUCAAAAGGGCAGGACUUGUGUUGUGACUUCUGCAAGCAGGUGUUACCUGCUGAGUUUCCGGUAGUGUAUGCAGACCGAGCCGGCUACAAUCACCAGUGGCAUCCAACAUGCUUUAUGUGCUCUAAGUGCUCUGAACCACUUGUUGACUUGAUCUACUUCUGGAACAAUGGAGCCAUCUGGUGUGGACGCCAUUACUGUGACAGCAUAAGGCCACGCUGUGCAGCUUGCGAUGAGAUAAUAUUUUCUGAUGACUACCUGCAAACUGAAGGCCUUACCUGGCACAAACAGCAUUUCACCUGCCUGGAAUGUGAGAGCUCACUGGCUGGCAAACCCUUUAUCCUGGACGCAUCCAGCUUGUGGUGUACCUCUUGCAGUAAAAGCAAGCUUUCUUAAAACCGGGUGUCAUUUCAAUGCUGACGUUUUUGUGUGUUCUGACUUGGAACGGACUCAUUGGUGGGGAGGUCUUAAGCCAAAAAAAAAUUGCAUCCUAAGGAUUUAGAUCACUAAGGUUAUUUGCAAUCAAGUAAUUACAGGAAAUGAGAUGGGAAAUGAUAACGCAGUAGGAAAAGAAUAGAGAAAUGGAAUGUUCUAGGCCUUUCAGGAAAGACUUUAUACGCAACCAAAUGUACUGAAAACUAGGCCCCAUUAUGUUAAAUUAUUUCAACUGGCAUAUUACAAAAACUACUCCAGGAGGUUUAGAAAUAUAUACAUACAAUUAUCAUUGUGAUGCUGGGUUUUGCUGCUUUUUUAUUGGUAACCAAAGGGCUAUAUUUCUAAACUAAAUAUCACAAUGCCAUUGCCCACAAAUGAGUAGUUUUAGAAAUAUACGUAGAAUGAUACAGUGGGGAAACGAAACCGCCAAUAUCUGCAAGAGAAGGGUUUCCCUUCCCCUAUGUGUUAUAACACAUUGCCUCCAAGAAACAACAUUAUGGUUUGAAAAAUAGAUUACAUAAAAAAAUGGUUUGACAGCUUAAAGAACCUGAAAGCAGAGUAGCUUGUGAAGGAUCACUGGAAAAAUCAGGUUACAAUGGAUGAUUUUUCUUUUUAAAAAUGCUAUCUAGAAGUAGAAUUAAAGCAAAAUAUGUUUGAUGAGCUUUCUGGAUUACACAUGUACCGUAUUCAACGUUUUGAUGAUUUUAUUCUGCCCCAUCUUUUUUUCGCAUGGGGGGGAGCAGCAAACAGAUGAAAAUACUUUAGUGCAUUUAGAAAUCUAUGUGCAGUGGUCUUUUUGCUAACAGCCACAUGGAGGGAGUAAAGGCUAAUAAAUCUCAGCACAUUAGUGCUUGAUCUCUGGAGGCGCUGCUUACACAAUGUUGCUUUCAUAGACUAGGAAGAAGUAAUCACAUAAAAUCAGCUUAGAUAUUCUUGCCAACUUCUCCCAGUGCUGAACAGUCAUGGCAAUAGGAUUAAUUCACAUAGGUGAUCUUUAAGCACAUGAAUACCAGCAUGGUUUUGUGUAGCCCCGUGAUGGCAAACCUAUGGGACUCAUGCCA